AUGGUCGACGGCCAAAGUCCGGACAAGUUCAUUGAUAUGGCGCACAGACCACCCCGGGCUUUGGCCGCCAAGGCCGCAUCGAAGCCUGCCGAGGGGUCCCGUCCCUCAAAUCGGUCGCAAAAAAUUCCCAGUGGAAACGGGCGCCCAUCCGACCUCGACGUCUCUUUCUACCCCACGACCCGGUCCCAAUCCGCAUCCACCCACCUUCAUACCUCCAAGUAUCUCCACGGUCUCGCCCCGGGUCGUCGUCGUCGUCGCAUCUCCAGUCGCAUUCACAUCCAAAAGAACCACAAUGGCCACCCUCACACCCUCCCCGUUCCGUCUUUGCCUCGACAUGCAAGACUGUCGCGCAGCAAUGCUCUAGGCGACCCGUCGCUGUCCAACAACUCGUUGCCGUCCCCGUCGCCCGCCAGGUCUCGUCGUCGUCGGCUGUCCAACAAGAACAAGAUGCUUCCGGCAGCAGCAGCAGCUCGCAGCAGCCCAGGCCAAGGUGGUCGUACCCCCCGAGCGCAUGAAGGGUCCCGGUUUCUCCCUCAACCUGUCAAGGACCCCAGGCGCAAGCACUGGUUGGUCAACAGCGACCCGGAAAAGUUGGAUGCCUUCUACGAGGCCUUCCUCGGCCAGGGCGGCUCCAGGAUGCUAUCAGACGAGACCAAGUGGCUGGCCGUCACCCACAAGAGUUUCGACUACGGAAGGAGAGGUUACAACACAAGGCUGGCUUUCCUGGGCCGUCAAAUAAUCGCCCUCGAGACUACCCGCUCCAUCCUCACCAGCCCCGUCCUUAACGAGCCCGCCGCCGACAAGUACGGCCGCCAGCCCUACAACCACGCCGCCUUGGCCAACAUCGACAAGCUCAUCCACACGCAACCGAUAGACAUUAUGGACAAGACCAAGAUCGCGAGGAUGGGUAUCGAUCUCGGACUUCUCACUGUCUUGCGGUGGAAGCCCAGAAUGCCCGAAGAUCUCGAAUCCUCUGGUGUCGUCGUCGUCCUCAACUCAACCCUCUUCGCCAUCAUUGGCGCCAUCUCGUUAGAAAAGGGUGCCGCUGUCGCCCAGCGCAUCGUCAGAGAGAAGAUCCUCAAGAAGCUCGGAGCGUAA